GUGAGGUGAAGGCUGCACACGAUACAAGACAGGGUUUUGUGGAUUACGCUUCACUGUCAUAUUUUUUAAUUUCAUAUCGUUUGCCCAUUUUAAUCGAUUUCGGCUUGAAUAAAGUACUUCAACCAUGGGGGAUGAAAGCGAGUGGAUGAAACUACCAGCUGACCAGAAAUGUGAACACAAGGUGUGGAAAGCCAGACUUCACGGCUACGAGGAGGUGUUGAAGCUCUUCCCAACAAUAUGUGACGAGAAGAGCCCUGCGUGGGGCAAAUAUCUUGGACUGAUCAAAAACUUUGUCACAGAUUCAAAUGCUGUGGCCCAACUCAAAGGCCUGGAAGCUGCACUCUCAUAUAUUGAGAAUGCACAUGUUGCAACAAGGACUGCGGGUGACGUGGUAUCUGGGGUGGUCUGCAAGGUCUUCAACCAGCCCAAGGCCCGAGCCAAGGAGCUCGGAACAGACAUUUGCCUGAUGUACAUUGAGAUCGAGAAGGCAGAGGUGGUCCAGGAGGAACUGCUCAAGGGCCUGGAGAACAAAAAUCCCAAAAUCAUACAGGCCUGUGUGGAGGUCAUGAGGAAAGCACUCAGUGAAUUUGGUCCAAAAAUUGUCCCAGUCAAGCCCGUGAUGAAGGUUUUGCCCAAACUGUUUGAGUCUCGAGACAAAGCUGUGAGAGACGAGGCCAAACUGUUGGCAAUAGAGAUGUUCAGAUGGGUCAGGGACGCGGUCAAGCCAGCUCUCCAAAACAUUAACGCUGUGACGUUGAAGGAGCUGGAGGAGGAGUGGUCCAAGCUGCCGUCGGCGGCCCCCAGGCAGAGCCGCUUCCUGCGCUCCCAGCAGGACCUGAAGGCCAAGCACGAGCAGCAGCAGAGGCUCAAGGAGGCCGGCGGGGACGAGCAGGUGGACGGUGGAGAUGAGGAAGAGGAGGCCCCUAUAGAUGCCUAUGAGCACAUGGAGGCUGUGGAGAUACUCUCCAAACUCCCCAAGGACUUCUACGAGAAAAUUGAGGCAAAGAAAUGGCAGGAGAGGAAAGAGGCCUUGGACGCGCUUGAGGCCCUGGUCAAAAACCCCAAAAUUGAGGGGGGAGACUUUGGGGAGCUGGUCAGAGCUUUAACUAAGGUCAUUGGAAAAGACACCAAUGUGAUGCUGGUUACCCUAGCGGCCAAGUGUGUUGCUGGACUGGCCACAGGACUCAGGAAGAAGUUUGGAACAUAUGCUGGUCAUGUGGUGCCAACUAUUCUGGAGAAGUUCAAGGAGAAGAAGCCUCUGGUGGUGCAGGCUCUGCAGGAAGCCAUCGAUGCCUCCUUCCUCUCUACUACCCUUCAGAACCUGAGUGAGAGUAUUCUGACCGUGAUGGAGAACAAGAACCCCUCCAUCAGGCAGCAGGCCGCCCUCUUCCUGUCCAGAAGUUUCCGCCGAUGCACCGCCGCCACCCUGCCAAAGAGCCUGCUCAAGACCUUCUCCGCUGCCCUCUUGAAGCAAGCGAAUGACAGCGCCCCUGAGGUUCGAGACGCAGCUUUCGAGGCCCUUGGUACCGCGAUGAAGGUUUUGGGGGAACGUGCAGUGAACCCCUUCUUGGUAGACGUUGACAAAAUCAAACUGGCCAGGAUAAAGGAGUGUGCAGAUAAGGUGGAGCUGGCCGGAGGGAAGAAGAGUGGUGGCUCUGCUCCUGCUGCUGCCAGUGCCCCCGCCCCUGCGGUGGAGAAGCCCCCCCAGAAGGCCCCCGCCGCCCCACCCAAGAAGGCUCCCGCAGCCACAUCUGCAGCUGGCAAGAAGGGAAAGGCAGCAGCAGGAGGUGGAGGAGCAGCCAAGAAGUCCGCUCCAGCCAAGAAAGCUGAGACGGUGGAGACGGAGCUGUCCGCCGAGGUGUGUGAGGAGAGAGCCGCCGCUGUGCUCCCGGCCUCCUGUGUGCAGCAGCUGGACAGCUCCAACUGGAAGGACAGACUGGCCAGCAUGGAGGAGUUUCACAAGGCUGUGGAGCUCAUGGAUCCGAGCGAGAUGCCCUGCCAAGCUCUCGUGCGCAUUCUAGCCAAGAAACCUGGCUGGAAGGAGACCAACUUCCAGGUGAUGCAGUUGAAGCUGCAGGUGGUGGCUACGGUGGCCCAGAGGGGCCACUUCUCCAAGACCUCAGCCCAGGCGGUGCUGGACGCGCUGGUGGAUAAGAUCGGGGACGUGAAGUGCGGCGGGAACGCCAAGGAUGCCCUGAGCGCUGUGGCGGAGGCCUGCUCAUUACCUUGGACUGCAGAGCAGGCUGUGUCUGCGGCCUUUGCUCAGAAGAACCCCAAGAUCCAGGCGGAGACCCUGAACUGGCUGACUGGUGCCAUUAAAGACUUUGGAUUUACAGGCAUAAAUGUUAAGUCCUUCAUCAAUAAUGUCAAGACGGCCCUGGGAGCCAGUAAUCCGAGUGUGAGGACUUCGGCCAUUACUCUGCUGGGCGUGAUGUUCCUGUACAUGGGCGCUCCACUCAGGAUGUUCUUUGAGGACGAGAAGGCCGCUCUGCUCUCUCAGAUAGACUCAGAGUUUGAAAAGAUGAAGGGCCAGACUCCCCCGGCCCCCAUUAGGGGCGUGUCUAAGAAGGGAGCCGGUGACUCAGAGGGAGAUGAGGGGGAGCUGGAGCAUAGCGAACAGGAAGGGGGCGCAGGAGACGUCAUGGACCUCCUCCCAAGAACUAACAUCAGUGACAAGAUCACCUCAGACAUGGUGUCGAAGAUCGGAGACAAGAACUGGAAGGUGCGUAAGGAGGGGCUGGACGAGGCAGCAGCGGUCAUCUCCGAGGCAAAGUUCAUCAAGCCCACCAUCGGGGACCUGCCCCUGGCACUCAAAGGCCGACUCUCCGACUCCAACAAGAUACUGGUGAUCCAGAGUCUGUCCAUCAUGCAACAGAUCGCCACGGCAAUGGGGCCCGCCCUGAAGCAGCACAUCAAGGACCUUGGCAUCCCCAUCAUCACCGUGCUGGCAGACAGCAAGAAUACUGUGCGUGCUGCAGCGCUGACUACCCUGAAUGCCUGGGUGGAGCAGACGGGCGUGAAGGACUGGCUAGAGGGGGAGGAGCUUAGCGAGGAGCUCAAGAAGGAGAACCCCUUCCUACGACAAGAGCUGCUGGGCUGGCUUGCAGAGAAGCUUCCAACCCUGCGGGUGGCGCCAUCAGACCUGGCGCUGUGCAUGCCGCACCUGUACACCUGCCUGGAGGACCGCAACGCAGACGUGCGCAAGAAGGCCCAGGAGGCCCUUCCCACCUUCAUGAUGCACCUGGGCUUCGACAAGAUGAACAAGGCCACUGGCAAACUCAAGCCGGUGUCUAAAACCACGGUGCAGGGCUUACUGGAGAAGGCCAGACCUCUCAUGCCUGCCAAGCCUGCAGCCCCAGCUAAGGCAGCUCCAGCUAAGGCAGCUCCAGCUAAACCUGCCGCUGCGGCACCCAAGACCUCCACAGAGUCGAGCAAGCCACCGCCAGCCGUGGUGGAGCCUGAGGCCUCUGAGCCCAAGAGAGCCAAGUCGGCAGGAGCAGACAAAAGCAAGACGGCAGCUGGUAAGAAGUCUGGGGGAAAGGGAGGCGCGGCCGAGGAGGACAAGUCAGGCCCCCUGUUCCUGCAGAUGGCCAAUGGCAAAGAGCAGCGCAUCAAGGAGGAAAAGGCUCUCAAGGUGCUGAAGUGGAACUUCUUGACCCCGCGUGACGAGUACAUUGAGCAGCUGAAGACCCAGAUGAGCCCGUGCGUGGCCAAGUGGCUGCUGGAGGAGCUCUUCCACGCUGACUUCCAGCGACACGUCAAAGCCAUCGGAGCCAUGAUGGAGCGUUUGGAAGAGGAGAAGGAGGCCACCAUCAGCUGCCUGGACCUGAUCCUGAAGUGGUUCACGCUGCGUUUCUUUGACACCAACACCAGUGUGCUGAUGAAGGCCCUGGAGUUCCUCAAGAUGCUCUUCCUCGCCCUCAGCAAGCACGACUAUCACCUCAGCGACCAGGAGGCCACCUCCUUCAUCCCCUACCUCAUGCUCAAGAUGGGUGAGUCUAAGGAUGUGGUGCGUAAGGAUGUGCGUGCCAUCAUGAGGUCGCUGUGCAACGUCUACCCCGCCAGCAAGAUCUUCCCCUUCCUCAUGGACGGCACCAAGUCCAAGAACUCCAAGCAGCGCGCAGAGUGCCUGGAUGAGUUGGGAUCCUUGAUCACUUCGUUUGGGAUGAACGUGUGCCAGCAGGCGGGAAACAAGUCUCUGAAGGAGAUCGCGAGCCACAUUGGCGACCGCGACACGUCCGUCCGCAACGCUGCCCUCAACACCGUGGUCACGGCCUACAACGCCUGUGGAGAACAGGUCUACAAACUCAUCGGCAACCUGUCUGAGAAGGACAUGAGCAUGCUGGAGGAGCGCAUCAAGCGGUCCAGCAAGGCCGCCGCCCCCACGGCCCCUAAGCCAAUCGUGGAGAAGGGCAGGAGGACCAGCGUCCGCAAGCCAGCCCUGGACGAGACCACGUCUAAAGCCAGCUCUACUCUACUGUGCGUGCCCGAAGAGCCCCAGGCUCCCCCCGCCGUGCCCGAGGUGUUCAAGCUGGACUUUGCUCAGUUCGAGAGCGACCCGAAUUUCGACGCCCCCGUGGGCAUGCCCCAGCUCACCCUGCACGACUGGGAGGACCCGCUGCUGCAGCCCGUGCAGAUGCCAGUGCUCAAGUCCAAACAGCUGGGCGUGGCCCUCUCCCACGAGGACCCACAGGCCACCACAGACUCCACCAUGAACUUCGUCAUCACGCAGGUGGCCAGCACCGACAUCGAAACCAGCAUCCAGGCCCUGGCACAGCUUGAUGAGGUGCUGCGCCGGGAGGGCAAGGCGGAGGUGAUGGUGGGCCACGUGGACCAGUUCCUCAUCGUGGUGCUGAUGCAGCUGCAGAGGCUUUCCGGUUACCUGGGCGACCAGCACAUGCCCCGGCAAGACCUCUUCCGCCUCUACAGCUGCCUCAUUGGCACCAUGCUCUCCUUGGUGGGAGUGGACCUAGUGCGUGAGGGGUCUGCUGCAGUGCUGAAGGACCUGACGCGUUCUCUGAUCUCGCUGAUCGUGGACCCCCGCGUGGACAAGGGAGAAGACGGCGCCCAGCUCACCCGCUCCCUGCACCUGCUCCUGGGGCACCUGCUGCAGAAGGCAGACCCCAACAACAUGCUCAGUGCACUAAUUCUGGAAUUAAAGGACCUGAUUGAUACAAACGCUGUGUCUUCACCAAUUGCAGAAAUGGUCAUGAAGUGUCACUGGCGCUUCAUCAAGUUCCUCCCAGACAAGAUUGAGGAGGUGAACCUGGACCGCAUGCUGCUGGACAUCCACAGCAUCAUGAAGGUGUUCCGGAGCGCCCGCUUCACCCAGCAGAAGAGCGACAUGCCCCAGAGGACCAUCAAGACCCUGCUGCACUCCAUCUGCAGACUGGUGGGCCCAGAGAUUUUGAACCACUUGACUCUAAUCGAGGACAAAGGCGAGUCCGAGUUGGAGACGUAUCUAAAGAAAGUGGCCCGUGACAAAGAUGGCAAAGACUCGAAGAAAUCCAAAACCAAUGAGAUGCUUGACGCAAUCUUCAAGAAGAUCCUCUCUAAUGAGAACGCCAAAGAGGGCCUGGCGAGGCUGCUGCAGUACAAGAGGAAGCACCCUGAGGCUGACCUGAGCCCCUACCUCAGCAAGCUGCCCCCUAACCUCCUGCAGCCCGUCGAGAGACACCUGAAGGCCCUGGCCAACGCCAACGCAGACAAGAAGCCCACCGCACCUGGCAGCCAGCGCCCUGCAACAGCUCCAGCACCGCACAGCAGCACGGUCGCCAUGCCACAGCAGCCCACACAGUCGAGCGUCUCCGUCUCCAGGAGCCACAGACCCAGCAUGGGCACGGGCAUGACCCGCUCCGCAGGCGAGACCAGCACCGCCCACCUCCUGCAGCGGCUCCAGGCCACCAGGCAGAGGUACGGCCUGGAGAACGACCAGAACAGCCGACCCAAAGGCACCGAGGGGGGCAUCAGCGGAACCCAGACUGGCCAGAGCUUGGAAGGGGGAGAAUACACGGGGACGUGCCAAACCACGGCCCACUAUCUCGAGAGAUUACAGAUGCUGAAGCAGCGAUACGGCCGCGAGAACCACACCAGAGACGAUAUGAAGCCCUCAUCAGAGGAGGCGAGGUCUCCGCUGAGUGCCCUGGCCUCCAUGUCUCCUGUGGGGUGUUCUCCCCUCGAGCUGCAGCCACACAGUCACAUGCUGAAGGAGACCCAAGAGCAGAGGACACAGGAGGCCACCACCACCUCCUCCUCCUCCUCCUCCUCCUCCUCCAGCUCAGCUGCCCUCCCUCCCAGCCUCAGUGACCUCAAGAAGAGGCUUGAGAAAAUAAGGGCCAACAUCGUUUGAUGCUGCUGUUGCCUUCUGUUGUGUUCUAUCUGUGGUGUUGUAUCCGUUUUGCGUCUUUUGUGCGUGUUCCCCUGUCUGUCCAGAUUUUUUUAUGUGUUUUUUUCCUGUAAACUGUUCAGUCUUUUUUGUCUUUACUGCUGUGCUACUUUUUAAAGCGCCUGAUCAUCAAGUAUUGCAAUAAAGUAUUUGGAAAUGUU